UCUCACACCAAGAGAGAGAGAGAGAGAGAGAGAGAGAGAAGAGAGAGAGCUUCUCGGCCAUGGCGUCGCCACCGUGCGGGUGGUCGUGGAGUCCGAUUCGGCACUCGCCGAUGAAGUCGCCGUGCUAUUGCUCGUUCCGGGCGCACCUGCGACGCUUCGCUGCAUGCUCUUUGCGCGACUCUCCUCGUCCUCCUCCCAGCUCUUCAAAUGCGGCUAAGCCAGGUUCUCAAAUGCGCGAGGCUAAGGAAUUAGCUGCUUCGCGCUCGAGCCCGAAGCCUAAGGAGAAAAACCGACGCCGUCAUGCCUCCGGUUCGGACUUGGACGCGGACGUGUCCCAGGGGCGACAAUCUCUGAUUUCCAAGUCGCUGCUGGGAAAGCGGCCUCCGUGGCGGAGGAUGCUGUUCGCUUCCAAGAAGGUUCGGAGCAUCGUUUUGCUCAAUGUCGCAACUUUUAUUUACGCGACUAACAUUCCAGUUGUGAAAGAGGUCGAAUCAGUCAUGGAUCCUGCGGUUUUUAAUGUUGUCAGAUUUGCUGUUUCGGCGAUUCCAUUUGUCCCCAUGGUGAUUCAAUCUUGGGAUGAUGUACAGACGCGGAAUGCAGGAAUAGAGUUGGGGAUUUGGGUUAGUCUAGGAUAUCUUAUGCAAGCGCUUGGUCUACUCACAUCUGAUGCUGGUCGUGCAACAUUCCUGUCUAUGCUAACUAUUAUUGUGGUUCCAUUGCUCGAUGGUAUGCUAGGAGCAAUAAUUCCAACUCGCACAUGGUUUGGAGCUUUUAUGUCUGUUAUUGGUGUUGCAAUGCUGGAAUCUAGUGGAUCGCCUCCAUGUGUCGGAGAUCUAUUAAACUUCUUGAGUGCAAUAUUCUUUGGAAUCCAUCUGUUAAGAACUGAGCGCAUUUCCAGAGCGACAGAUAAAAGGAACUUUCUACCUCUGAUCGGACAUCAGGUUUGUUUACACCUUAUUCUGUUCAACAUUCUGCUUGUUUCUUGUUUAUAUAAACAAAUAGCUCUGAACUCUCAUCAGGUAUGUGUAAUUGCUAUUUCAUCAUCAUUGUGGUACUUCAUUGGAGGCUGGGUUGGUGGCAUCCAAGAAUUUGAUGCAUCGUCUUGGACAUGGCCAACUAUUAGGGAUUCUGUGGUUCAGUUUCCGUGGAUACCAGCACUUUACACAGGCAUAUUCUCAACUGGUUUGUGCCUUUGGGUAGAGAUGGCUGCUAUGUGUGAUGUGUCUGCCACUGAAACUGCUAUAAUUUAUGGGUUGGAACCAGUUUGGGGUGCAGGUUUUGCAUGGUUACUCCUUGGGGAAAGGUGGGGCAUCACUGGUUGGAUUGGCGCUGCACUAGUACUGGCUGGAAGCUUAACUGUGCAAAUAUGUGGCUCUUCACCUCCAUAUGAAUUGGAUGACGAUGAGGAAAUGAGUAAACAAAGCAGCUUAUCCUCUUCCCCAGUUGUUGUCAGUUCCAAGAAGGGUAUUCCUGACACGUUCAAGAAGUAAGAAGAGGUGUCAUUGAGGAAUUUUGUGACAUCCUUAGAAUGCAGAAUAUCAAUCUUAGUGAGUCCUGCUGAUGGAUGGUCGGCGGUGGUUCUACUGGUUUCUGCUAUUGUAUAUGAAUUUGAAGGUUGUUAUGUGUAUGUGUAUAUCUGUAUAUAUGAGGAGAUAUUAGGGCAGAAGAAUAUAGAUAAAUGCGCAGGUGCUGCCAUCCCUUUAUUUUAUUCUGAGGAUGGUCAUAUCACAAUGUAAUUGGAUAGUAAAGAUCUACAGUCAUUAUAAAGAGGAUAGAAAAUGAUCUACCUCUCGGCUCUGGA